AUGUUAGGCAAACGGAAACGACUCGACACAUUCGAAGACUUGGAUGAAGCGAUCCAGUCCAGGAACAUCAAGUUCAUUGUCGGUCCGGAGAAGAAAGAAUACACCGUCCAUGAAUCGCGCUUCACCAGCCUUUCGUCACCCCUUCGCGCCCUUCUGACAGGAGGCUUCCAAGAGUCCAAGGAGGGCAAGGUAAUCUGGGGCGAUACUAACCCAGUUACUUUCGUCCUACUGGUUCAAUACGCCUACAAUGGUGACUAUUCACUGCCAGCCCCCGACGAAGAUGAUGAGACGCCUGAAGAUGGCGACACCGCUGGAAAAUUGCCCCGUUCAAUGAAGGGUUAUUUCAACGCCGCCAAACACAGAGGCUCGCAACAUGGCUUUGUGAAUGACAAGUUCUUCCUUGGACAGAGUCCAUAG